AUGCCCAACCAGGGACUCGAGAAGGAGUCAAUCGCUGAAUCGUCUCACGAGUGUAAAUUGUCGGAAGAAAUAAAACCCACCGUGGCCGGGCGCCACUGGUGUCAAUUGGGCUCCACCCAAGCUGAAGUCGUGAGGCUCUGUGGAUUUUUCCUGCCUCGGGCUUUGAAUUUGAUCGGCCACUGCCCCGGCAAAAAUAGAGGGUCGACCGUGCCAGAAAACGACGCAACAAACGAAAGGAAGGAAGAAGCAAGCAAUCAGUUUGGGACGUCGUCCCGUGCUUUCUUGUCCACAUCGCGCUUGCCCAAGUUGCUGCCAAUUGAGCGAUUACACUUCUUUGUCUAUUCUACGGCGGAAACCUUUAUCUGGGCCCAAACCGGUCGUUGGUGGGGUUCUCCAUCCCAUCCAGUGGUCGUCUACAAAACAACCUUGGAACCAACCUUGAAUUUGAUCAACAUCAACCAGCAUGACUCACGCAUCAAGAUACCGUUCAAGCUCCCCUGGGAGUAG